GGUAACAGCCGGGAAGAGGCGGGGACCCGGCGGGAGGCGGGCCCGCACCUACCCCUACCAGCAGGCCGCGGGCCGGGAAGGGACGGACGAGCUCUCUCGGAACUAGCAGGUCUCGUACGGUCGCCGGCGGCCUGUUCUCUCUGCGGGCUAAGGGUGCCGGGAACUGCCCGCCAUGUCCUCGGUGGCCGCCGCCAGCUGCGAUGGCAAGGGCUCGGGGGAGGCGCGGGAGGAGAAGAAGCCGCUGAAACCCUGCUGCGCCUGUCCCGAAACCAAGAAGGCGCGGGACGCCUGCAUUAUUGAGAAGGGAGAAGAAAAUUGUGGGCACCUAAUUGAGGCUCACAAAGAGUGUAUGAGAGCUCUGGGCUUCAAGAUAUGAGUGAGAUGAGCAGGACUAAGUGGGGUGAUGUCUUUGGUGUGACUAUGUUCUGGAAAGCUGCAAAAUAAAUUAUUUCUGCAAGUUACUUCAAAGAACAAAUAUAAACAAAAAUUCUA